UAAGUUCUUUGAAGUCAGAGAUGUGUCUUUCUUGUUCACUUUGUAGCUUUGCCAUGUAAUACAGCAUCUGGCAAAUAGUAGAUGCUCAGUAUUUGCUGAAUAAACAUUUGCUAACUCAGCCUUCAUCUUCCUGCAGGUUUUACUUGGGGUUCUGGUGGCUUCAUCUCAUAAAGGUUGUCUACAACUUAGGGACCAAAGUGGUUCCCUGCCCUGCCUGCUCCUGGCCAAGUACUCUCAACCCCUCAAUGACCCACGGCUGAUAGGUUUGGAGUUCAGAUGUGGAAAGAAGAUGGUGGUGGGGUGGUGGUUCUCACAACCAGGGGAGCCUGGGAGGAAACAUCUGCUGGGAUUUACUAGGGAUGCUGGAUUGACACAGGUUGAUCAACAACUUUUGGGAGACUGGAAUGGCAGGCAGAGAACAGGGACAAGAGCACCCCCGGCCAGAAUUGCCAGCAUGCAUUUCUCCACCAUAGCUCCUAACAUGCACUGCAGGAUUACAACUGUGUCUCCUACAUUCUUAGUUUGGAGAGAAGGUGUCACCCCUCUAAGGUGGGGGGUUCAGGUGUGGGCUUCCCUGUUAAGGCAGCAGCUCUGGUCUGGGGUGGGCAAUGAGACCUGUAGGGUGGUCUGCCUCACAACCCACACCACAGGUCCCUUUUCUUGUCAAAUGGAAAACUUUCUUCCUCUAGGCUGCCUGGUGCGGGCAGAGAGGUUUCAGUUGAUCAUAGAGAGGGACGUGAGAAGCAGCUUCCCUUCCUGGAAGGAGCUGAGCAUGCCAGGCUUCAUCCAGAAGCAGCAGGCCAGAGUCUAUGUCCAGUUCUAUCUGGCUGAUGCCCUGAUCCUGCCUGUGCCCAGACCCUUCCUUCAUUCAGCCACACCCUCACCACCUCAGACAGAUCCCACCAGCUCAGAGGGACCCCACCUAGGACAGAGCCGGCUAUUCUUGCUCUGCCACAAGGAGGCCCUCAUGAAGCGGAAUAUUUGUGUCUCCCCAGGAGCAAGUCCAGAGGUGCCCAAGCCCACCCUCAGUUUCUAUGUGUCGGGGAGCUGGCUUGGGGGCACCCAGAGGAAGGAAGAGACUGGAUGGGGGCUGCCCGAGCCCCAGGGAAAUGACGACAAGGAUCAGAAGGUUCGCCUCAGUUUCUUUGGCUCUUCAGUCCGCUGGUUUGAGUUCUUGCACCCAGGGCAAGUGUACCGACUCAUAGCUCCUGGCCCCGCUACGCCAAUGUUGUUUGAGAAGGAUGGGUCAUCCUACAUGUCUCAGCGUCCUCUGGAGUUGGCUGGCUGUGCACCUGGCCUCACUGUCCAGGACAAUUGGACUCUGGAGCUUGAGAGCUCCCCGGACAUCCAAGAUGUACUGGAUACAAACAAGGCAUUGCCUGAAUCCUCACUGACCGACCUGCUCAGUGGCAAUUUCACAGAUUCCCUGGUGUCGUUCUCUGCUGAGAUUUUGUUCCGGACACUAUGUGAACCCCUUCCAGCCUCUCUCUGGAUGAAGCCAGGGAACACGGGGGCCGUGAGAAGGUGUGUGAAGCUAACUGUCGCUCUUGAGACCUCUGACUGUGAAUUCCCCCCUCACCUGGACGUAUAUAUCGAAGACCCACACUUGCCUCCUUUACUAGGACUCCUUCCAGGAGCCCGGGUCCACUUCAGCCAGCUGGAGAAAAGGGUUUCCAGAUCCCACAAUGUUUAUUGUUGUUUCCGGACAUCCACUUAUGUGCAGGUCCUGAGUUUUCCCCCUGAGACCACCGUCAGCGUUCCCCCGUCCCCCAUCUACCUGGCUGAACUUCUGCAGGGUGGCCAGACCCCAUUCCAGGGCACUACCUCUUGCCAUAUUGUCUCUGUCUUCAGCCUUCAGCUCUUCUGGGUGUGUGCUUAUUGUACCAGCAUCUGCCCCCAGGGAAAGUGCACUCGCCAGGGCUCCACUUGCCCUACACAGACAUCUGUAAGCCAGGCCAUCAUCAGGCUCCUGGUGGAGGAUGGGACUGCUGAAGCCGUGGUGACCUGCAGGAAUCACCAUGUGGCAGCAGCACUAGGGCUGUGUCCUAGUGAGUGGACCUCCCUCCUAGAGUGCGUCCGAGUGCCAGGCAGAGUAUUGUUGCAGUUUGCAGGGCCUGGAGCCCAACUUGAGUCCUCAGCCAGGGUUGAUGAGCCCAUGACCGUCUUCCUCUGGACACUUUGUACUAGCCCAUCUGUCCUCCGUCCUAUUGUGCUUUCCUUUGAGCUGGAAAGGAAACCCUCUAAGAUCGUCCCAUUAGAACCUCCUCGGCUACAGCGAUUCCAGUGUGGAGAGCUCCCUUUCCUGACUCACGUGCACCCCAGGCUCCGAUUGUCGUGCCUUUCUAUCCGAGAGUCAGAGCACUCCAGCUCUCGGGGGGUCCUUGCCUCCUCCUGUUGACUGCAAGGAUGGCCUGAGAGUUCUUCCCUUCUUGCUGAAAACCUGAAGGCCUCGGUCCUGGCUCUUCCCCCUACUUGCUCUGUGAUUGAACCAGGACUCCAGAUCCCUUGAUUCACAAACCGCUACUCCACUUUAAUUUCCCUUCUUUGGUAUUCUGGUGCCAGCCUGCCUUGAUGAAAUUGUGGAAACAGGAAAUCAUGGCACUGUUGAUAUUUCCUCUGACUGGGGACAAGGCACCCGCACUCACAGGCAGUUCUGAGCACCUGGGUUCUGCUUUUGUGGCAGGAGCUAAGGGAACAAAAGACUUGCUCGCCAUGGGGUUGAUGCUGACAGCAUUGACCUGCAGUGAAACUCUGGUGUCGUUUCUCA